CGCUCCACCUCUCCAUGGCCACUCACUCGCACACUUUCCUUCUUGCUGUUAACCUUUUAGACGUCUUGUGCCCUAGCGUUUCACUAGGAACCUGGUGCUAUGACAGGUGUAGCCCUCAAACUGGCCAGGGAAAAGGCCAUCCUAGAUGGCUUAGGAUCCAAUGGAAAUGCCGUGAAAUACUUAAAGCAGGAUUUUGAAGCUCUGAGAAGCCAGUGUUUGCACUCUGGGACCCUCUUCAAAGAUGAAGAAUUUCCUGCUUGCCCCUCCGCUCUUGGCUAUAAAGAUUUGGGACCGUAUUCUCCCAAAACUCAAGGGAUUAUUUGGAAACGACCCCCGGAGCUGGUCCCAAACCCCCAGUUCAUUGAGGGAGGAGCCACUCGUACAGAUAUUCGUCAGGGGGCUUUGGGGGACUGUUGGCUUUUGGCAGCUAUUGCGUGUCUCACAUUAGAUCAAGAAAUUUUAGACCGUGUUGUUCCCAAAGAUCAGAGUUUCCAGAAGGACUAUGCUGGGAUCUUUCAUUUCCAGUUCUGGCAGUAUGGAGAAUGGGUGGAUGUCGUCGUUGAUGACCGGCUCCCCACAAAAAACGGACAGCUGCUCUUUUUGCACUCAGAAGAACGCAAUGAGUUCUGGAGUGCCUUACUGGAGAAGGCCUAUGCCAAACUGAAUGGUUCUUAUGAGGCUUUGACUGGUGGAUCUACUAUGGAAGGUUUUGAAGACUUUACUGGUGGUAUCUGUGAAUCUUAUGACCUGAGGAAAGCUCCCCCUAAACUGUAUCAAAUAAUGCAAAAAGCCCUGCAAACUGGUUCAUUGUUGGGCUGCUCCAUUGAUUGCUGCAGCUCCUCCAGUGAGGAUGCUGGUUCUCACCUAACGACUGUGUGGUCCUGGCCUAACAAUCACAAUCUGGACUGCCAGAUUACCAGUGCAAACGAAACAGAAGAAAUAACAAGUCAGAAGCUGGUCAAAGGCCAUGCUUACUCUGUAACUGGAGCAGUAGAGGUUACUUACCGUGGCCGGCUGGAGGAACUGGUCAGGAUCAGAAAUCCAUGGGGUGAAGUGGAAUGGACAGGAGCCUGGAGUGAUAAUGCCCCAGAAUGGAAUUAUAUUGACCCUAAGCAAAAGAAUACUCUGGAUAAGCAGGCAGAUGAUGGAGAAUUUUGGAUGUCCUUCUCAGAUUUUCAAAAGCAGUUUACAAGACUUGAGAUCUGCAACUUGUCUCCUGACACUCUUACCUGCAAUCAAGUUCAUAAGUGGAACAUGACUCUAUUCAAUGGAAACUGGCAACGUGGUUCUACAGCUGGUGGCUGCCAAAAUUAUCCAGCAACAUACUGGACCAACCCCCAGUUUAAAAUCAAGCUGGAUGAGCCAGAUGAUGAUCAGGAAGAAAGUGCAAGUGAGCCCUGCUGCACGGUGUUAGUAGGUUUGAUGCAGAAAAAUCGCAGGCGACAGAAGAGGAUGGGGGAAGGGCUGCUCAGCAUCGGCUACUCCCUUUAUCAGGUGCCCAAAGAGUUAGGAAAUCAAACUGAUGUUCAUCUAAGCAGAGAGUUCUUCUCAACAAACAGAUCUGUAGCUCACUCAGACCCAUAUGUCAACUUGCGUGAAGUAUCAAAUCGCUUCCAUGUGCCACAGGGAGAAUAUCUUAUUGUGCCAUCCACCUUUCAGCCUUUCAAAGAUGGACAGUUCUGCCUUAGGAUCUUCUCUGAGAAACAGGCUAAAGCUCAAGAAAUUGGGGACACUGUCACUGCUAAUCCAUAUGAGCCUCAUGUUACAGGCAAGGAUAUAGACGACGAAUUCAAAAGUCUGUUCCAAAAGCUUUCUGGGGAGGAUUGUGAAAUUACUGCAAAUGAACUUCAGACUAUUUUGAAUAGAGUCAUAACAAAAAGAACAGACAUUAAAAGUGAUGGAUUCAACAUAAACACCUGCAGGGAAAUGAUCAGUCUCUUAGAUAACCAUGGAACUGGUACCUUGGGACUUGUAGAAUUCAAGAUCCUUUGGAUGAAGAUUCAGAAAUAUCUGGAAAUAUAUAAGAAAGUAGAUACUGACUAUUCUGGAACCAUAGAUGCACAUGAAAUGAGAAACGCUCUCAAGGAAGCAGGUUUCACUCUCAGCAACAAAGUCCAGCAAAGUAUAGCUAUUCGCUAUGCCUGCAGCAAGCUGACCAUUGAUUUUGAUGGCUUUGUGGCCUGUAUGAUUCGUCUAGAAUGCCUGUUCAAAAUGUUUCAGAUGCUAGAUAAGGAUAAGCGUGGGACAGUUCAGCUUUCUUUGGCAGAGUGGCUAUGUUGUGCAUUGGUCUAAAGCAUUAUUUUUGGCAUUUAUUUGGGAACUGGACAACUUACCAUUCCACCAAGAAGUUUCCGGGACAGAGUUGAUUUCAUGACAUCCUAAAACAUGAGGACGAAAAAUAAUUUAUAUGCCAGGCUCUAGUGUAUAAUUUAAAAUGAUCAGAAAAUAAAUAAGUAUGCAUGGAAACAAUAAAUACCAUAUAUGGCAAGCA